AUGGAAAAUGUAGAAUAUGGAGUGACCAUGAGUCACCCAAAUCCUUCAGGAAACGGCUGUUCGCUGGAGGACUGCUACACGAACCUCUUCGCUUUGACGGAUUUAUGUGGCAUCCGCUGGCGAAAGUUAAUCCCAGAUCCAGAUUCGCAUAGUAUUGACCCUUUAGGAGAUCCAGUAUUAGUAGCAUAUUCCAAAUGCAUCCGGUCAGAUAUAUUAUGUGUUUGGAGAAGGGUUCCUGUAGCGCCUCGCAUGUCCGAUGGACAUCCAGGUCAUCCGGGACAUCAUCAUGGCAUAGAUCAUAUGUCCUAUGGGAAAGAAUUAUGGAUUUUCUGGUAUGGAGAUGAACCAAAGGUCCUUGCAGAGUUCCUUAAGCAUGGCCUGCAUGAGAGAGAUAUUGGGUCAUGGGAUAAAGAUAAGGAUAAAGAUAGUGGAUUAUCUUAUGAAUGCAGAACUCUGUUAUUUAAAGCUUUACAUAAUCUUAUUGAAAGAUGUUUGUUAUCAAAGAAUUUUAUCCGCUUGGGACAUUGGUUUGUUCGCCCAUAUGAUCAGUUUACAUCUACAGAAAGAAGUGCACAUUUAUCGUUCCGGUUUCAUUUCUUUCUGCAUGGUGAAAGUCAGGUGUGUGCUAGUAUUGAGGUAAAACAACAUCCACCAGUGUGGCGCCUAACACCACAAUAUUUAUCUUUAAUACAGGAGAAUCAGGCCAAUUUUCAAGUCAUCCUAGCACCAUAUGGGUUAAAUGGUCAACUGACUGGUAAUUCAUAUCGUGAAAGUGAUGUGGCCAGUAGAAGAAUGUAUGAGGAAUGGAGACAAUUCUACCCAGUAGAUUGUAAUGAAUAUAAAUCAGAUCAUACAACUGAUACUAAUAAUAAGUUACCUAAUAUGGUAGAGGUUAUAGUGGCUGGAGUAAGGAUGAAGUAUCCAUCAUGUUAUGUUAUGAUAUGUGAUAAUGAUGAUUCUCCAGUCCGCUUACAACCAUUAUCAGUGACUACUGGAGCCUCUCAGAACCCUCAUUACAAUUCUAUAACACCACCUACUUCACCUUGUGAUCCUAGUCUCAUGACAGACGUCAAUGUUAAAAUGGUACCAAAUACAAUGGUUGAUACUCAGUUUACUACAUCAGCUACAUCUGAUGCCCUUAGUCACCAUAUACUAGAACGUGUUUCACAUCAUGCUUGUAUUAAUUCAGGCAUGGCUAAACGGAAUAAUGAAGGGAAUGAAGAACCAUAUGCUGGUUUAUGGAAUUAUGGUGAUUCUACCUGUAAGAUGCCAUGUAAUUGUGUAAGGCACAGAAAAAUGAAGGCAGGCCAAGGAAAGACUUCAUCAGGAAAACAUGCAAAAAGUGAAAAACAAGAAAAAUUGGAAAGACAAUUAUCGCGUCAUGGACGAAAUGUGACUCCAUUUCAUAGACGAUCUUUAGUAACAGACGAUAUGUUACAGUUUGAUAUGAAUAUUAUGCUGACUCAACCCCAAAAUAACUCGAACAAUAAUUUCUGUGGUUCUGGAGGUAAUAACAACAUGCCUUCAGGACAGAGUAACCUUAAUGACUCUAACAUAGACGAUCCCUCUUCCCCACCCUCCCCUUUAGAUGAACCUCAACCCUUAGUGAACUCUAAUAUGGAGCCUCCAAUGCCAACGUUAAGUCCGCACCCACCACCAAAAAUAAACGGUGAAAAAGACUACGGUGUGAAAUCAUCCAAUGUGUCUGACAUAUCUAACGGUGUCUGUGGACCCAAUGGGGAAUUUUUCCCAAAACAAGAGGAACCACCACUCUCAGGACUAAAAGUGGAAUCAUGUGACAAUUCGUUUAAUUGGACUCAAAGUGAAGCCAAACGUGAAAGUGUCAAUGUGUGGUUACAAUCUCAACAGAAACAAGUAGAAAUUCUUGGAUUGAAACGACCGCCAUUACUCCCAACGUUUGAGGGGGAUAAAAGUCAAGAAGAUCUAGUCACAGAUUCUCUUUAUAAUUUAGAUCCAUUAAAUGCUUGGAUCGAAUUACCUAUAAAGAAAUCUCGUAUCGAUUGUUCUUCAUCACCAUGUCAUCAUCCUGACUUGAAAUCACCAACAUCACAUUCCGACGUAUUUAAAGUACCCACCCCCUCCCCACCUGUACCAGAUCCUUACGAAUUCUCUGAUGAGGCUUCCUUUAAUCCCAACACCUUAAAAAGUACCAGGAAAAGUCGAGAUGAAAUGAUUCCAAGACAGUCUCCUUUUAACAAAAUGGAGGAUGAUUCUGGUCAAACAGAUAUAUCUCCCUUUGGUUCCCCACCAACACCAAACAGUAAUUUAAUGCGUACAGCUGAUUUAGCAGUGAAGAGUUCGGAUCUUGAUCACAUGUUUGAUUCAGACGAUUCAUCAGAUCGGGAUGAUGCUGGGAUGUGUGAUACCAAUACAGCCAAAAGACUUGAAGAAGAUAUUAAAAGUAGAACAUGUCCUGGCAAUAUUGCACCAUCUGAAUUAGCUCGUAUGUUUCCAACCCCUCCAUCUCAAGAACCUAACAAAGCUUUAUCACCUGAAGCUGAUGUCCAACAUGAUAGUCAUAUAACAUUACCAUCAGAUAUAGUUUUUUAUCGCUCUAAAGUCUCAACAGUAUUUACUGUUCCUGAGGACAUCUCAAGGCAGGAUGUUUUCAAACCACCAAAGACAGCCAAAUUUGUUAGUGCUCCAAAAUAUAGUCCUAUAGAACUGCCAAGUCGCCAACUAUCACCUAUAAAUAUCUUAUCACACCCAGGCUAUAAACCAUCUUGGCAAUAUCCCAUGUCUGUAUUACCUAUCGAAAAACAACAACCUGUUAUAAGUAGUUACAUAAAUCUACCGUCCAUUGAAAAUGUGUCAAGUUGUUUAUCACGGACUAUUCCAUCUCCGGCAACUUUCACAAACAUUAACAGUAAUCAACAACGGACACCCAUGAGUUACGAACUUCAAUCACCAGCUUCCAAUGCUUCAUCAUAUCUCAAUAAAACAUUAAACUCUGUUGAUAAUCAACCUACAAAUCAUCAAAUACCAGAAGUUCAUAGUUUAUUAGUCAACGUGUUGUUAUCAGACUCCUUAUUAAACCUUUAUAAAGAUCACAACUUUGAUAGUUGUAAUAUCUGUGUGUGUAAUUUUGAUAUUAAAGGGGCAGACGUUGGACCCUAUUUACCCGACAUGGGCAAUUCGGAAUCGGGGUAUAAUUGUAUGUGUGGUUUUAGUGCUGUUGUUAAUAGAAAAUAUGGCUAUCAUUCAGGAUUAUUCUAUGAGGAUGAAGUUGAUAUUACAGGAAUACGUGAAAGUCGUUUUGAUAAACGGAAACAUUCGUUAUUAGAUAUUGACUAUGAUAACGGCGUUGCUAUUAGUGAUAAGGAAGAAGAGGAUAUACCUCCGAGUAUUUUGAAACUAUUAAUAGAACAGUUUACUGUGCCGUUUUUAACAAAUGUGGCAGAACAACGUCUAGCUAAAUUAAACAUGAUUACUUCAACAACAGCUCUCAAUAACUCUGUGGAUGUCCUGCAACUCAAAGACGGCAAUGAAGUCAGUUAUAAUGCAUUAGAACAAGGGAGACAAGCCAUGGAGAAUACUUCACCUACUAAACUAGAUGAUCCUUCCAUGAGGAUGACCUGUUUACAUAAAUGGCCUUUCUUGAGAGGUGCAAAUCGUAUUCCAGUCAGCUCUCAAGAUAUUGUUAACUUACAUAAAUCACUCCAACCUAUCUUACAAGAUGCUAUUCAAAAUAAACGUGUCACAAGAAUGUGGGAACAUUCAUAUAAAUUACAAGGCCCAUUAACUUGGAAAGAUUUUCAUCAACUUGCUGGUAGAGGAUCUGAUGAGAAUUGUGAGCCCCAACCAAUACCUUAUUUCUUAGUGGGUAAUGAUGCAGACUGGCUAACUGUCUCUCCUUACAGUCUUAGAUAUUGGGAUAAACAAGUUGUGGAACCAUUCGCUAAAGCCAGAGAUGUAGCCUAUCUUGUGGUAGCACCAGAAAAUGAUUAUAUCCUAACCAAUGUACGAGAUUUCUUUAAAGAAUUGAGUACAGUAUAUAAGUUAUGUCGACUGGGGAAACACAAUCCUAUAUCUUCUAAAAUUAGAGAUGGUAUUAUGAGAGUCGGUAAAUCGAACGCCCAGAAACUAGCUGAAGAAUCCGUUGAUGAUUGGUUCAAAAAUAUUGGUGAUUCUCAAGUAGCUGAGAAGUUAAGGUUAUAUGCUAGAGUGUGUCGACAUCUGCUAGGACCAUAUCUUAAACAGUUACCAGUAGAUGGUUCCUUGUUUGAAGGUUCAUCUGGUCCUAAGUCACAGUUUAAAACACCAGAACCAGCUUCAACUCAUCCACCAACACCUGAAAAUCCUGGUUCCAAUAAUCCUGAUGAUAAAGAAUCGGGUAAUUCUGAGAAUUCAAGCAAUGAGAAAGCAGAACGUUGUGAUACAGAGACAGAUGAGAACAAUCUACCAGCUAUAGUUAUCUAUAUGAUAGAACCAUUCUCAUAUGCUAAUGAUUGGGAAGACCUGAAUAGAUUAACUAUGAUUGGAUUGUUACGAUGUUUUCAACAGAUGAUACAAAUAUUACCUGAAAAUAUUCAGAAUAACAUCUCCUUACAGAUUGUUCCAUUAAAGACUAUAACAGGACACAAAGAAAAUAGAAAUCAGUUUCAAGCUCUGAAAUCCAUGGCGUUCUCUGUGUUUACAACUUGUCGAUGGAAUUUAUCACAUACUAUAAUGGGAAGAUCUCUCACUGGCUUUGGUCCUGCUGCAGCUGCUCAGUUAUUACAGAAACGAAAAGAGACCGAGAAUAAAUGUCAGCAGUUAUAUACACCUCCAUUUAUCUUGGCACCGUUAAAAGACAAACAGGCACAGCUGGCUGAAAGUUGUGGUGGAAAAACAGAGAAAGGCAAUGUUUUAUUCUGUGGCUAUUGUCUCUCUGAAGAUCAAAGAUGGCUGCUCGCAGUGGUAACUGAUGAGCGUGGUGAACUUAUGGAAACAUGUGUUGUGAAUAUUGAAAUUCCUAAUAGAAAUAGACGCAAGAAAGCUUCGGCUAGAAGAAUUGGACUACGUAAAUUGUGGGAUUUUCUUGUUGGAAUUGUGUCCAUGUCUAGGAUGGCUGCUCGAAUUGUUAUAGGACGAUUUGGAAGAAUUGGACAUGGUGAAUUAAAGGGUUGGUCUGGGUUACUAAGUAAGAAGAAUUUACUUCAUGUUAGUCAUAAAUUAAAGGAUAUGUGUGGUCAAUGUGAGGUGUUAAAUAGUGGUGCUGUCCCUAGCAUACUUAGUGCUUGUCUUGUGUCAUUGGAACCACAUUCCAGUUUUCAAAUCAUGGCUGAUGCAAUGAAGGCAGAAGAGAAAAUGAGCAGUAAUUGUCCUCUACAGACUCCCAGAGAUGCAUCAGCUACUCAUAUACUGGUCUUUCCAAUCUCUGCCACAGCACAGGCCAAUUCAAUGCCACUCCAACCUGAAGGUCAGAUCCUAGAUUUUAACAACACUCAGUUAGAUAUUAAUGAUGAUGCCUUAUUUGGAGGAUUAAAAGAUGAAGAUUUAGGAACAAUGGAUCAAGGCAUGGAUUUAUUUGAUGUGUUUAAUAUGGAUAACAUGGAUUAUAAUGGCGUACCUGGAACAUCACCACCUGGAUCGCCAUCUGGUGGUGAACAUGGUCGACAGAACUCACGAUCUAAUGGUCCUUGUGCAGGUAACAGUGGUGGUCAACAAGCUGAUGCGCAAGAAGAUAUCAAUCUGCUACAACAACCCUUAGCUAUGGGAUAUUAUGUCUCUACAGCCAGACCAGGACCUAUGCCUAAAUGGUUUUGGUCCAGUCGACCUGAAAAUGCUCAUGUUUGUCCAAACACCUUCAAGGCUGCCUUACAUGUCCAUUGUUCAUCAAGUCAUGAUGAUUUUUAUAAUCAUUCCCAUACAGUAGACAGAAAUACACACCCUUUAGAUUCUCAUCUCACCUGUGAUGUUCUUAGAUUUGUAUUAGAGAAUUACAAUGCUUUAUCGUGGUUGACGUAUGAUGUGAGUAAAAAUGACAGAAGAUCCUGUUUACCAAUACAUCUGGAUAUGUUGAUGCAGAUGUAUCAUGCAAUGAGUGCUUUCAUUUAG